UUGGUGGGACAAAGAAGUGGACGUCAAGAAAGAAGCAAAAAACUAGAGCUGGCACUACACGAGACCAUGAAGGCAGAAGCAGAAGUACAAAACAAUAAAGAGGAAGCCAAAAAGCCGAAGGUCAAAGACCAGAAGCUAACAUCAGUCUUUGGUGUGGCAGACUUAAAAAAUGGAGCUGUUGGACUGUACAAUGUUGGACAGAGCUGCUGCCUGAACUCUCUGCUCCAGAUGUUCUUCAUGAACAUACACUUCACAGGCAUACUUCGAAGGAUCACAGUGCCACCAUGUGAUGUGCAGAAGAGGAGGAAUGUCCCAUACCAAAUGCUCCUGUUGCUGGAGGAGAUGCAGUGUGGCAAGCAGAAAGCUGUUUCUCCCACAGCCCUUGCAUGCUGUCUUUCAGUAUACAGAGUGAAAUUGUUUGUGCAGCAUGAUGCUGCCCAGCUCUUUCUGACUCUCUGGAACUUGAUAAAGAGGCAGAUGAAAAAGCCAGAGCUGGUUGAAGAGCUGAGUGAUUUGUACACUAUCUGUGUACAGGAGCACUUGGCCUGUCAGAGAUGUUCUUCUGAAACGAUGAGGAACAGCACCAUGUUAACCCUUCCACUCCCACUGUUGGAUUCCCAUUCUCGCAUGCUGAAGACUCUGGAGGACUGUCUGCAAUGCUUUUUCGACCCAGAAGAGCUGACCGAUCACAACAUGUGUUUCUGUGAACAGUGUGGAAGGAAAACACCUUUUCUGCAGAGCAUGAAGCUAGUCCAUCUGCCACAGACUCUGACCAUACACCUCAAGCGCUUCCGCUUUGAAAAAUCAGCCUACAUUCACAAGCUUAGUCACUAUCUGCCAUUCCCACAAGACCUUGAUUUCAAUGCAAUCUUGACAGAAAAUCAGUGCCAAGCACAUGACGAUGAAAAGGCUGCCUGGCAGUAUGAACUUUUUGCUGUUGUUGCUCAUUCAGGAUCAACUAGUUGUGGACACUACUGUGCCUAUAUUCGAAGUCUCACAGAAUGUAAAUGGUACUGCUUCAACGAUUCUGAGGUUUGCCAGGUAUCAUGGGAUGAUGUUAAAUGCACCUAUGGACAUUCCAACCUCCACUGGGGAGAAACAGCCUAUCUCUUGAUUUACAUGAAAAAACAUCCUCAGUAGCCUUACCCAGGAGUAUCAGAAUGUCUUGGGAAGCUGUGCAUU